CUUUUCUUGUAAAACUGAAAGAAAGCUUCCGCCCUGGCCUUAAAACAUUUGUUGUUUUUCACAGCAUCUCAAAGUGAAAGACUGAGUAUUCCUCUCUCCUGAAACCAUCAACAUGGAUGUUGACCACUAUCUGGCCAGUAGCACUUUCAUAUCUCUUAAUCUUUUUGUUUAAAGCACAUGGUGAUGAUGGAAAAUGUGGAUUUUGUGCCACGUUGACAAAGAACACAAAAGAUCUUUCCUACAGUAACCUAAAAAGGAUACCAUCAAAUUUGCCAGAUGAGACCGUAUACUUAGAUGUUUCCCACAACAAUAUCUCCAGCAUUGUUCGUAGUGACUUGUCUGGUCUAACCCAUCUCUGCUUCCUGAAAGUUACACAUUGUGGACUUCAAUACAUCUCUUCUGAUGCCUUCAGCAGCAACUCUGAAAUCAAAGUCCUGAACAUCUCUUACAACCAUCUGACAACCAUUCCUAAUUUACCUUUGCCCCAGCUUACGAUCCUAGACCUUUCCAGCAAUCCGUUUCCAAGUUAUGCGCUUCCUGAUUUGUUUGGUAACUUAAGAUACAUUUCUGUCCUUGCGAUUGGCAGUCAAAAUGCUACAUCUGUUAAUGUGAAAGACUUUGUUCCUCUUCAAAAUGUCAGUUUGGAAAAAUUUGUAUUUGGAGAUGGCACUGAAUUGCAAAACUAUGAAAAUAACUCCUUUUCGCAACUCAAAACAUUACAGGAAGUCGUUCUGAAAGUGACUUUUUGUGAACGUUUUGACAUUUUCAAAAACAUGAUUAUGGACUUUGACCAAAUCCAAACCAAAAACAUUCAGCUCAUUAAAUUAUUUCCAGAUCAGUGUACCAUCACAGGUGACCCAUUUGAGACCCUUAAAGAUUUGCGUGUCCUCAGUAAUCUAAGCAUUGUAGACACCUGGAUAAACAGCUCGGUGUUAGGAAACAUUUUCAAAAAUGUCUGGAAGUCAUCUGUGGAAGAAAUUGCCUUUUUAAAUAUCACAUAUAAUGAGGACACCUCAGGUGGCUUCCAGUUACCAAUGCAGAACCACACAACAAAUCUACGAGCAUUUAUACUUGAUGGCGUGCACCAUUACCAGUACCGAUACCCCACUAUUAAUGCAAGCAUGGAAUUAAUCAAUCAACUAACUUACCUGAAGUUCUCUGGCACAGGGAUGAAUAUACUACCAUGCAAUCUCAUUUCAGCCAUACGAUCGCUACAAAUCUUGGAUCUGUCAAACAAUCUCUUGGAUGAUACCGGUUUCUGGUGGAGUUUUUGUUCAUCACAAAAAGUGUUUCCAGCCUUGAAUCAUCUUUCAUUAAGCCAUAACCGAUUUAGUGACCUUGCAUUCAUUGCCAAAAAUGUCAAUGACAUGAAGUUCUUAGAGUCUCUUGACUUGAGUUUUAACUCCAUUUUUAUAAGCAAGCCAUGUUUUUGGCCUUCCCACUUGACUGAGUUGAGUCUUAGCCACAACAAUCUAGGAAAUAACAUAUUCAGCUACUUGUCAACCCACUUCCAGAAGAUUGACCUCUCAAAGACAGGCAUAAGUGUCAUUCCCCAAUAUAUUACAUCGCAGUUUCCUAGACUAACACAUCUCUACCUAAGCUUCAAUAGCAUACAGGCCAUCCCAGCAGAUCUCCAUGCACCUACAUUGGUAAGCCUGUACAUAGACCAGAAUGCAAUUACUUUCAUUAGCCAGAGUGCAAUGGAAGGUCUCCCCAAUCUGAAGACUUUGAAAGCAGGACACAAUCCAUUUAGCUGUAACUGUGAUUCAUUUUGGUUCAUGACAGCAUUAAAUAAGUCACUUCUCCCUGAUUGGCCCCAGGGUUACACUUGCAGUACCCCGCCAUCAUUUUCCGGGAAGCUCUUGGAGAGAUAUGAGCUUGGGUGGCUGUCUUGUCUACCAGGCCUGCAGGCUGCUGUGGCUCUGCCAGUAUUAUUAACUGUAGUAGCUGCUCUAGUCAUCACCUUCUAUGCUUGUGAUGGUUUGUGGUACACUAAAAUGCUUUGGGUAUGGAUAAGAGUAAAAAGGAGAGGCUACAAAAGGGCUGAUAGACUGAUGAACGCCAUCUUCCGCUAUCAUGCCUUCAUUUCCUACAGUCAACAUGACUCAGCUUGGGUAGGAUCCCAGCUGGUACCAAAAUUAGAAGGGUCAGGUCUGUCCCUUUGCAUCCACGAGAGAGACUUUGAACCUGGAAAGUGGAUUGUGGACAACAUAAUCAAUUGUGUGGAGGGAAGCUACAAGAGCCUCUUUGUCCUGUCCAAAAACUUUGUUCAAAGUGAAUGGUGCAACUAUGAACUCUUCUUUGCCCAGCACAGGGCUAUCAGUGUGAAUGAUGACUCCAUGGUCUUCAUUUUGUUGGAGCCUAUACCAGCAGACUCUCUGCCCAAGAAGUUCCUUAAGUUAAGAACAUUGCUGAGGCGGAAGACUUACCUGGAAUGGCCCACAGAUGAGCGCAAAAAGCUAAUAUUCUGGCGUAAUCUUAGAGCUAUUCUGCAGACAGUGGACAGGAGCAAGAUUCUAAAGGAUGUGGCCACUGACAUUGCUGACAUAUAUCCUCUAUUGUCUGUUAAGAAAUGA